AUGAGCGCAUUAACCCGUUGGAAGUCGAACACGCUGGACCCAACCCGUUGGACGUCGAACCCGUUGGACCCAACCCGUUGGACGUCAAACCCGUUGGACGUCAAACCCGUUGGACGUCAAAUCCGUCCCAGGAGCGCAUUAACCCGUUGGACGUCAAACCCGUCCCAGGAGCGCAUUAACCCGUUGGAAGUCGAACACGCUGGACCCAACCCGUUGGACGUCAAACCCGUCCAAGGAGCGCAUUAG